CUCAGACGGUCGAGGUGGGUGGGUGUGUGCUCACGUUUCUCUCUACCCUAGCCUUGCUCGCACCUGCCAACUUGCUCACACUCUGCCUCCCUCACUCGCUCCCCGCCCAGGUUUACAGGCCCCUGCGUCUCGGCGCUGAGGAGACCAGAGAGAGCGUGACAAAAAGACUUCAGAAAAUAAACGCAAAGACACGAAUAUUUCCACCAAAGUUAAAUGAAGACACACCAACACAGACAAUGAUAAGAAAAGACUGAGUAAGGCGACGGAACUCAUCACCAGGAAGCAUACGGGAAGAGGAAGAGGCCUGUAAUAUCUCUUCUUCCUCCCGGUACCACACCAAUACGAAGGAGCCAGAGGAGAAGCAAGAGAAGGAGGAGAAGGAGGAAGAGGAGCAGCAGCAGGAGGAUGAGGAGGAGAUGAGUGGAUACAGUACCCUGUGAGCUCAUACAUAUUAUCCCUUUGGUUCCUUCCUUCCUGCUUUCCUUCCUUCCCUUGUUUUCCCCUUCUUCCUCUCCCUCUUUCCUUCCCCAUCCUUGUCCCCCUUUUAUCCUUCCCGAGACGUUGAUCCAAAUCUCCUCUUUCCUCCCAUCCCUUCUUUCCUUCCUCCCUCUCUUAUUCCUCCUCCGUUCUAGUCUUCCUGUUUCCUUAGUUCUCCUUUCUCAGUUACAUCUUCAUCCUCCCUUGUUUGUUUAGUCUUGUUCCCUCUCCUUUCCUUCCCUUCUUUCUUUCCUUCCUCCUCUAUUUCUCCUUCAUUCUAGUGUUCCUGCUUCUUUACUUCCUCUCCUUCCUCAGUUACUUCAUCCUCCUUCCUUUAUUCAAGUUUGUUCCUUCUCCUUCCCUUCCCUUCUUUCUUUCCUCCCUCCUCUAGUCCUCCUUCGUUCCAGUCUUCCUGCAUCCCUAUUUCCUUUCCUUCUUUAGUUCCCUCGUCCUCCUUUCUUUAUUAAACCUGUUCUCCUCUCCUUCAUCCUUCCGUCCUCAGCUAAUUUCCCCAUUCCAUCCCUUUGGCACCUCGUCCCCAACCUUCUUUAUCUCUCUUUCAAGUCUCCCUACUUCCUCUCCUUCUUCAGCUACCUCAUCCUCCUUCCUUUAGUUAGCCUGGUCUCCUCUCCUUCCUUGUCCCAUCCACUGCUAAUCUCCCCAUUCCCUCCCCUCGUCAUCUUACCCAAUUUUUCCUCUCCCUGCUUUUCCUCUCCUUCUUUCUCCUCCCCUUCCCCUCUCCUCCUCCUGUAUAAUCCACAAUGCUGAUACGUUUACGCUUCUUUCCCUUUUCCUUCUUCCCCUUCUUAUCCGCUUUUUCCUCCCCCUCCACCCCCUGCUCCUUCUCCUCUUCCUCUUUGCCCCCCUCCUCCUCCUCCUCCUCCUCCUCAGCAGCAGCAUCGAAGGAAGUUUAGUCUCUGUAAGGUGCCACUGGAAGCCGCAACACCGCACGCCGCCAUGCCACCAAGCAAUUAAUCGCCCUUCACCCCAACACUGACUACCCAACACACAACCAAGAUGCUGCUCGCGCGGAUGGCUGUGUGGGCGGCCUUGUUCCACGCCCACGCCGCCCACACCACGCGCCCCACCCACACCCCGCGCCACGUCAACCCCCGCACCUUCACGCUGGGCUAUAUCUGCGGCUCUGACAGGCUGCCGGAGGACCAGGAGUAUAAGCGGCCUGGCCUCCUUAUAUCCGGGGCCAUCACGCUCGCGGUUGAGGAGGUCAACAACCACUUCCCGCUCGUGAACGGCCAUCGCCUCAACUUCACGGUGGCCGAGACGUACGGCAAGGAGGAGAAGAGCAUCCUAAACACGGCUCGCCUCUGGAUCUCCAACAUUUCUGCCUACAUUGGGCCGCAAGAAACGUGUGUGCAUGAAGCUCGGAUGGCGGCCGCAUUCAAUCUCCCCAUGAUCUCCUAUUUCUGCACCCACCCCGAGACCUCCGACAAGGCCCACUUCCCAACCUUCGCCAGGACCCGCCCGCCGGACACGCAGAUUAGCAAGUCCGUCACCUCGGUGCUCAAACGCUUCAACUGGAGAAAGGUCACCUUCUUCUACAACAAUUCGCCCGACGACAACUUCCGCCGCGUGGCACAGACGAUCGAGCGAACGCUGCCGCUGCACAACAUCACGGUCACCGCCACCAAGACCUGGGCCGCCACCUACCACCACGGCUACGACUCCAACCCCUUCGUCACCAUGAUUCAGGAGACCUACAUGGACAGCAGGAUUUACGUAGUGCUGGGAUAUUACUACGAAUUUCUGGGCCUAAUGACCAUCAUGGAGGAGCGGGGACUCUUCAAGAACGGCGAGUACUUCGUGGUGGGGGUGGCGCUGAACCAGUACGACCAACACAAACCAGACAAGUACCUUCGGGAUCUGUUGAAUGAACACACAAACUCCACCGUCCAGGCCGCCUUCCAAAACUAUCUGGGUGUGGUUCCCUCCCCGGCACCGACGUUCGAGGACUUUGCCAUGAAGGUGAACGCCUACCUCGAGAAGCCGCCGUUCAACCACCCCAACGCCGUGCACAAGAUCGGUGGCAUGAAGAACAUCCGCUCCGAGGCUGCCUACCUCUACGACGCAGUGCACGUGUACGCCCGAGCCCUGAACGACAGCUUGAAGAGAGGCAGUGAACCGAAGGACGGCAAGCAGCUCGUGGCCGCUAUCCUUGGCACGACCUACAGGAGCGCCAUGGGGUACAUGGUGCGGAUGGACGAGAAGGGCGACGCCGAGGGUAACUACACGCUGAUCGGCAGGCAGAAGCACCACCUCACGCCGGGGGAGUUUGGUCUCUACCCCGUCGGUGGCUUUCGGUACUCUGUGGGGGACUACAAGAACCUGCCGGAGCUGCACCUCACCUCGCCCAUCCCCUGGAAGACAGGCGGGCCCCCCAUCGACGAGCCCCCCUGCGGGUACCGAGGCCUCAAGUGUCAGUCCCAGACAGGAGAGAUCAUCGCCGGCGUGACUGGAGGCGUCGUUCUCCUUCUCCUCGUCGUCUCCCUCGUCGCCUAUAGGAACUGGCGUUACGAGCAGGAGUUGGACAGUUUGCUGUGGAAAAUUGACUACAAGGAUAUUAAGAUCAACGAGUGGACGCCUAACCACAUCCCCGCCGCUAACAAGCUCUCGAGAGGCCUCUACGCGUCCAUCAGAACCAGCCAGCUCUCCCUCAACAGUAACCUUGACCUGGACUGCCGCUUCGCAAGUGUCCACACGCAGCUGGGCACGUACAAGGGGCGCGUGGUGGCCGUCAAGCCGAUCUCCAGCAGGGCCGUGGACGUCACCAGGAGGAUCAAGAAGGAGCUUAAGACGAUCCGGGACCUCCGCCACGACAACUUGCUAGGCUUCGUGGGCGCGUGUGUGGACCCCCCCAACGUGUGCAUAGUGACGGAAUACUGCUCCCGCGGCUCCCUCAAGGAUAUUCUUGACAACGAGGACGUUAAACUCGACAACAUGUUUAUUGCCUCCUUAAUUGGCGACAUUGUUCAGGGCAUGAUCUACCUCCACGACUCCUCCGUCAAAUCCCACGGCAACCUCAAGUCCUCCAACUGCCUCGUGGACUCGCGCUGGGUGGUGAAAAUAACAGACUUCGGCCUCCACGAACUCAAGUCGGGCUAUGAAACGACGUCGGUGGCAGAGGCUGGAGAGACGCAGCGGAAGUGUACAGACCUGCUGUACCGCGCCCCCGAGCUCCUGAGGGACACGUCGGCGCCUCCAGCAGGGACGCAGAAGGGGGACGUGUACUCCUUCGCCAUUAUACUGUACGAGAUUCACGUACGCCACGGACCCUGGGGCAACACGGAUCAGAGUCCCUUAUCAAUUAUUCGACAAGUCAUGUCCGGACCUAAGGGAGACUCUCAGCCCGUCAGGCCGACCCUCGCAGCCAUGGAGAGCUCCCUGGACUGUGUGCGUGUGGUGCUAACUGAGUGCUGGGCCGAGGUGCCGGAGGAGAGACCCGACUUCAGGAGUAUCAAGAUCAAGCUAAGACCGCUGCGCAAAGGCCUGAAGCCCAACAUCUUCGACAACAUGCUGGCGAUGAUGGAGAAGUACGCCAACAACCUCGAGGCGCUGGUGGACGAGAGGACGGACCUGCUGAUCGAGGAGAAGAAGAAAACGGAGGCCUUGCUGUAUGAGAUGCUGCCCCGCUACGUGGCCGAGCAGCUCAAACGAGGCAGGAAAGUCGAGGCUGAGAACUUCGAUUGCGUCACCAUCUACUUCAGUGACAUCGUGGGUUUCACUGAGAUGUCGGCGGAGUCCACCCCACUGCAGGUGGUGGACUUCCUCAACGACCUGUACACCUGCUUCGACUCCAUCAUCGGCCACUACGACGUCUACAAGGUGGAGACGAUCGGGGACGCCUACAUGGUGGUGAGCGGGCUGCCCAUCCGUAACGAGGACCAGCACGCAGGCGAGGUGGCGUCCAUGUCGCUUCACUUGCUGGACGCCAUCAAACGCUUCACCAUCAGACACAGACCCUCGGACACCCUCAAGCUGCGUAUCGGCCUCCACUCAGGGCCUGUGUGUGCCGGCGUGGUGGGCCUCAAAAUGCCGCGGUACUGCCUCUUCGGGGACACCGUCAACACUGCCUCGCGCAUGGAGUCAUCGGGGCAAGCCCUGCGGAUCCAUUGCUCUGUGUCGUGUCGCAACAUCCUGGAGAAGGUGGGCGGCUAUGUGCUGGAGGAGCGAGGUCAGGUCAAGGUCAAAGGCAAGGGUGAGAUGACGACCUACUGGCUUGUGGGUGAAGACCCGGAGUGGAAGCGUCGCCGCGAGAAGACUCGGCGCCAGCGGGGCCUGCAGGCCACCAGGAACGGCUGUGUGGGCGGCGGGAGCAGCACCACGGGCAUCGGCAUAGGCGUGGCGCGCGGCUCCCUGCGUUGCGUCAGGACCCCUGCCUCGCCGCUGCCCAGUAGCUUGAGCCUCGAGUCCCCGCAGCACCACAAAUUCGCUCUUUCCGAGGAGCUGGCGAUCCGUUCACAUGAAGAUCCCGCCCUCGAGGCCGGAUCGCCGCAGGCGCCAUCCUCGCCCGCCUCGGAGGACGGCGGAGGGUCGCGUCGUCCGGCCCUUGAGGCCAAAAGGAACUCGUACCCAUGCAUCAAAGAGUCGCGUGACGGCCCGCGCCGCAGCCGUGGGCCAUCCUUAGCAGUGCCGCGGGACGACAGUCCCCUGCUGGCACACACCGACUUGGCACCCUCACCCGCCUCCUCACAGGCCGGUUCGGGCGAGGACGAGGCCCUGGCUGCCAGCCGUCGCACAUCCGUCAGCGAAGUGGGCGCGUCCCGCCCCGCCAGCAUGGUAGAGCACAGCGGGGAGGGGCCGCCGCCCACGCCCGGUGAGCCCCCGCCCUACACCCUCAGACUCAACAAGCAACACCCAGACAGCCAUGAUACCGCCCACCUCUCCCCGUCCGCCCUCGACCUGGUGCUCGCGACGCCCCCUUGCACCAACGUGUGUGGACGGACGACGAACGGGACCGGCAAGCCCAGAUACACUCUAGCGGCGAGCAGCGGCCGAUGGCUUCCCCAGGGGCGGCGGAGCAGUGCGACCGAUGGUGACUCCAUGGCGGGGUCGGCGGCGGGCAACGAGGGCAGCGAAGGGCGGACGGCAAGAUUGCGCUUCUGUGGCCGUCAGGACGGGAGCUCUGCGGCGGAAUGUGAGGAGUCCGCCCCCUUGUUGGCGGGCGUUGCCAACUACAGGAUCAUCAACGAGUUGCGGACGGCCCGCGCACCGCCAGAACGGGAAACCCCCGUGUGACCCGCCCCACACCUCACACCACCCCGACGGGGAAAGGAACGACAUGAGUGUGACGCCCACGCCCCAGCAUGCACCACCCGUCCAACUGAUGGAAUACUCGAACUGGAUGUGAAGAACUUGAAAGGAAAGAACAAUUUCCGUGUCAGUGAAGUGUUGAGGCAAUAAGUGUUACUGAGCACUGUUAAGCUAAGGACACGACAGAGAGCCCAGGCGUUGUUAGGUGACGGUGAAAGACGUCCGUGAAGGAUGAUGGAAGGAUACGUGCAAUGACAAAGUGGUGUAAGAUGACGAUUGUGGUGACGGAGACACGAAUCGGAAAGGGAGAAGACAGCUGAUAAGAAACAAAAGCAAACGUGUGCUAUAAAAAUAAAGGCUAUGUAUAUGGAUGGAAGAGAAGUGGGUGUAGCGAGUCAGGUGUGUGAGGGGAACGGGCGGCUGACUUAAUGAAGCUGACAUAAUAAUAAACUGUGAAUAACAAGUAAAGGAUGUAACGGGAAGGGAAUAAAAACAUGGAGAUUAAUAAGUGUGGCGACAGAAGAAAAUUAUUUACGUUAAAUGUGAAGUAAAAUGGUGCAUGGCCGUUGGUUUCAGUUACCAAGGUGUCGAAAAAAACUAAUUAAAAUGUACCUGUUUGUGUGUGUAACAGAAAUUAUGUGAAGGCUUCCUCAUUCACGCGUAACUUUAGUAGCCCAUGUACACACACACACACACACACACACACACACACACACACACACACACAAGCCGCACUAUGAAUGUUGCCAAUAUGUAUAGACGCACCUCACAACGUUUCCGUGUCAGUUAAGCAGAUGAAAGUUCAACUAUUUAUAUAAAAGUAUG